ACCAGAAAAGCGCGCGAAAAUGCACAACCUCUAUAAAUACUCACUCUCCUCUCUCGGCCUAUAUCAUCGACAGCAUGGGAAAGCAGAAGCAGCAAGUCAUUUCUCGCUUCUUCGCUCCAAAACCAAACCCUUCUUCUCAAUCACCUUCUCCUUCUCAAUCUCCCUUUCCAAACCCUCCCAAGAUCUCCGCCACCGUCUCCUUCUCUCCUUCCAAACGCUCCAAAACCCUAGAAAAAACACUAUCCCUAACCCCUCCCCCUUCCAAAAAGCCCAAAACCCUUCCCCCUCCACCUCCUCCACCCUCUUCUCUCAACCAAAGAUUCCUCCAGAAGCUUCUAGAACCUUCCCCAUCCUCUUCCUCCCCCUGCGCCACCACUGCCACUGCCACUGCCAAUGCCAAGUACACUCCACUGGAGCAGCAGGUGCUUGAUCUCAAGUCCCGCUACCCUGAUGUCCUCCUGAUGGUCGAGGUCGGGUACAGGUACCGGUUCUUCGGCCCUGAUGCCGAGACUGCCGCUAAGGUCUUGGGGAUCCAGGCACAUGUGGACCACAGCUUUCUCACUGCGAGCAUCCCGACGUUCCGCCUCCAGUUCCAUAUCCGCCGCCUUGUCACCGCUGGGUACAAGGUUGGAGUUGUGAAACAGACUGAAACAGCCACAAUCAAGUCCCAUGGGUCAAACCGGGCUGGCCCUUUUGCGCGGGGGUUGUCAGCAUUGUAUACGAGAGCAACGCUGGAAGCAGCAGCUGAAGAGGUGGGAGGAGGGGGAGAUGGAGGGAAUUAUCUGGUUUGUGUAGUGGAGAAGGGUGCUUUGGUGGAGAACAGGGAUUGUGGCGUGGAGUGCAAUUUUGAUGUGAAGGUUGGGCUAAUUGGGGUUGAGAUUUCGACAGGAGAGUUUAUGUAUGGGGAGUUCAAUGAUGGGGUGACGAGAGCUGUGCUUGAGUCAGUUGUUUUGAGCUUGGCACCUGCAGAGAUUCUAUUGGGGGAGCCAGUUUCUGCACAGACAGAGAAGUUGCUAUUGGCCUAUGCUGGACCUUCGUCCAAUGUCCGAGUUGAGCGUGCUUCAGGUGAUUCCUUUAAAGAUGGUGGAGCACUUGCUGAAGUGAUGUCUUUAUAUGAGAACAUAAGUGAAGAUGUUAUGAAGCUAGAACCUCACAGCCAAAAUGCUGAAACCUCAAAAGAGGAGAAGCAUCUUCUUGGGAUUGAGGGAAUUAUGGCCAUGCCAGAAUUAGCUGUCCGGGCACUGGCCUUAACCAUUCGUUACCUUAAGCAGUUUGGUUUUGAAAGGAUAUUGUGUUUGGGCGCUUCAUUUCGGCCUUUUUCUAGCAAAGCUGAAAUGACCCUAUCAGCCAAUGCCCUUCAACAACUAGAGGUUCUGAAGAACAACUCUGAUGGUUCUGAGAAUGGAUCCUUACUGCAGUCUAUGAAUCACACACUUACAGCAUUUGGCUCAAGGCUUCUUAGACACUGGGUGACUCACCCUUUAUGUGAUAGAAACUCGAUAUCUGCUCGUCUCGAUGCAGUUUCCGAGAUUGCGGAGUCAAUGGGGCCAUGUAGAGUUUCACAGGAUGUUGUUAUUCUUGAUGAGGAAGGUUCAUGUAGUCCGAUCACUCAAUCUGAGGUUGAUUAUCUGCUUUCUUCAGUUUUAACCACCCUGGGAAGGUCGCCUGACAUUCAGCGUGGUAUAACAAGAAUUUUCCAUCGAACAGCUACACCAGUAGAGUUCAUCUCGGUCAUUCAUGCUAUUCUGUCUGCUGGAAAGCAACUUCAGCAACUUCACAUUGAAGAUCAGGACAACGAUUGGAUAGUGCCAGGGAAGACUGUGCAGUCUUCCUUAUUGAGAAGGUUGAUUUUGACAGCCUCAUCGUCCACAAUAACUAGUCAUGGUGUGAAACUUCUCUCUGCAUUGAACAAGGAAGCUGCCACUCAGGGGGAUCUACAGAACUUAUUCAUUGCUUCUAAUGGCCAGUUCCCAGAAGUAGCUAGAGGUCAGAUAGCUGUUCAGAUAGCAAGUGAGAAGUUGGAUUUAUUGAUUGGUCUCUACCGGAAGCAGCUUGGAAUGCAUAAUUUGGAAUUUAUGAGUGUAUCCGGGUCAACCCACUUAAUCGAGUUGGCCUCAGAUGUAAGGGUACCUUCAAAUUGGGCCAAGGUCAAUAGUACAAAGAAAACCAUCCGCUAUCAUCCCCCAGAAGUCAUUACUGCUUUGGAUGGAUUGUCACUUGCUAAGGAGGAACUUCUUGUUGCCUGUCGGGCUACAUGGGAUAACUUUUUAUUGGGGUUUGGUAGAUACUAUGCCGAAUUUCAAGCUGCUGUCCAGGCCCUAGCUGCUUUGGACUGCCUGCAUUCACUUGCAGUUCUGUCAAGAAAUCAGAACUAUGUGCGUCCGGUUCUUCUGGAUGAUGAUGAACCUGGUCAAAUACAAAUCUGUUCUGGUCGUCAUCCAGUCUUGGAGUCAAUUCUACAAGAAAAUUUCGUUCCAAAUGACACCAACUUGCAUUUGGAUGGUGAAUACUGUCAGAUCAUUACAGGACCAAACAUGGGUGGAAAGAGCUGUUACAUUCGUCAGGUUGCUCUCAUUGCUAUCAUGGCUCAGGUUGGUUCCUUUGUACCAGCAUCCUCAGCAAAGUUUCAUGUGUUAGAUGGAAUUUAUACCCGUAUUGGAGCAUCUGACAGUAUCCAACGAGGAAUGAGCACCUUCUUCGAGGAACUGAGCGAGGCUUCUCACAUACUCCACAAUUGCACGUCCCGUUCACUGGUGAUCAUUGAUGAGCUUGGGCGAGGGACAAGCACACAUGAUGGCGUUGCGAUUGCUUAUGCAACAUUGCAUCACCUUAUCAAUCAGAAGAAAUGCAUGGUUCUCUUUGUUACCCACUACCCAAAAAUUAUGGCUAUCAAGGAUGACUUUCCGGGAUCUGUGGGAGCUUAUCAUGUCUCGUAUCUGACACCGCAGAAGAAUCCAAAAUUGUCCAUCUCUAAAUCAGAUCCAGGUGUUGACAAUCUGGAUCGUGGUGAUGUCACUUUUCUUUAUAAGGUUGUGCCUGGUAUGGCAGACAAGAGCUUUGGUCUUAAUGUUGCGCGGCUUGCACAGCUACCUCCUUCGUGUAUUGCUCGAGCUUCUGUCAUGGCUGCAAAGCUGGAAGCCGAAGUAAGCACCCGGGUGGGAGUCCGAUUAGCACAGAAGGUGUUCCCGGAAACACUGGUUUGCACUGAAGAAAACCUAGAAGAAGUAAAUCUUCCAAACCAGCCCGAAUUUUCUGAUGGAGAACAAUUGAGAAGCUCUUCGGUCGAUGGAGAGGGGGCCUCUGAGGAAUUGGUUAGAGCAUACCAUGCACUGUUCUCUUGCUUGCAAUCUGCUCUCGAUGGUACCAACCCCACAAACAGCUUACUCUCAUUGAAGGAGUCCUUGAAGCUUGCGGUUAGGAUGGUAGACGACAACAGGCAAUUUGAGCUCUCUGAUUGGUAGGAAACAGAUACUAUGGGCAAUGGCCACAGCUAGAAUCGCCCCGUGUGUCUGUAAUUUCCUAGAGGAAGAAAAGAAGAAAGAUUUGUGGAUGUUUUUUGCAGCGGAAUGAAGAGUUUCCGAAACUGUGGAAGCCUGAUGCUGGUCGAAUAUUUUAAAGGAUGCUCGCCACUCAGAUGGGUAUGGUAGAAGUGUGAUGCGAGAGCUGACGAGGAUCUCUUCAUUUCCAGCCAAUCAAGUGAAAUAUAAGGGUGAUAUCUUGUUUUUCAUAUUUAUGAGAAAAGAUGGGAAUGGCAGAAAUUGUCCCCAAAUCUCCCACCCUCGACUGUUGCUAGGUGGGAAUUCGUAUGCAUUUUCAGAAUGAAAUUCCUUUUCUCAAGUGGUGGAAUCUCGCUGGGAAACGUGUAGCGAAUCUCCACCACCACCAGUGGACAGUGAGGGAUUGGGUAGUGGGCCGAACCUCACUUUAAAAUGUUCAUAGGGAUCUGGCCCACCACGAAUGGACGGUUUUCCCAAUGGGAAUGUUAUUAGUCGGCAGCUGCCUACACAAUUCUUGUAACCCUAGGAAAUGAGAAAACUCUUUAACUUUUUUUUUUC